UUGCUUACCAAUUGUUCAACUAUUUCUGUUCUUUACAAAAGGUCAAGAGUAGAAGAAAGAGAAGAAAAAAAAAUUACAAAACUACAUGUAAAAUUAAAGAAAGAAUCGUAUAGCUAUCUAGUUGGUUUUGAUUUGGUAACCAAAGCUAGAAAGAAAGAUGGGGAUCAAUGAUGAAGAUCAUUGCUGCUAUGGGUCAAGAAAAGGGUAUCAUGCAUGGAGAUUUCCAACAUCAUCAAUGAAGCUGUUGCUGUUUAUGGUACCGUUGAUAGUUGUUUCUGGGUUUAUUGCUGUAUUGGGUCCUAAAUUUUCUACUAAUUUAGAGUUCUUAUCUACACAUUCUUGGCUUGUUAAGUAUGGUGCUUCUUUAAAUAGUUCUUUGCCAGUAGUUUCACAUGCAAAACUGCAGAGUGAAAGGGUAGUACGAGUUCAGGAUUUGCAUCCAGCGGUGGUAGUUAUGGAGGAGGCAGAGGCGGCUGUGGAUACAGCAGAUAGGAAGGUCCUUAUUUCUAAUGAGGCUUCUUCUCCAGCUACACUUGAUGUUCAGGCUAUAGACAUUCAACAACUUAAUGCAACUGGAGAAAAUGACAAGCAAAUCUCAAGUAACAGAAGUAGUAUUGCUGCCUGGCCCAAUGAUAGCUCCAUCAAAACAACACAUCAAAAAGCAUUUACCAACUUAGAAAGGCUUGAAGCCGGUCUCCAAAAUGCUCGUGCUGCAAUAAAAGAGGCUAAAAAUGAAAAUCAAACAGAGGAUCCUGAAUAUGUUCCUAUCGGCCCUAUGUACUGGAACUCCAAAGUCUUCCACAGGAGUUACUUGGAAAUGGAAAAACAGUUCAAAGUCUUUGUCUAUGAAGAAGGGGAACCUCCAGUAUUUCACAAUGGCCCUUGCAAGAGUAUAUACUCCAUGGAAGGAAAUUUUAUUCACAGAAUGGAGAUUGAUGACCAGUUCCGAACAAAAGAUCCUGAAAAGGCACAUGUUUAUUUCCUUCCCUUCAGUGUGGCAAUGAUGGUCCAGUUUGUCUAUGUGCGUGAUUCGCAUGAUUUUGGUCCCAUAAAGAGGACUGUAAGAGACUAUGUUAAUCUUGUUGCUGGGAAAUACCCCUACUGGAACCGAAGCCUUGGAGCUGACCAUUUCAUGCUUUCUUGCCAUGAUUGGGGGCCGGAAACUUCAUUUUCCCUUCCUGAUCUUGCAAAGAACUCGAUUCGUGCACUGUGCAAUGCGAACACAUCAGAAAGAUUCAAUCCCAUCAAGGAUGUAUCCUUUCCAGAAAUUAAUCUCCAAACCGGUACAACAAAGGGCUUUAUUGGUGGACCAUCUCCAUCAAAACGAUCAAUAUUGGCCUUCUUUGCUGGAGGGCUUCAUGGCCCUAUAAGGCCUAUCCUUCUCGAGCACUGGGAAAACAAAGACAACGAUAUGAAGGUUCAUCGAUACCUUCCUAAAGGCGUAUCCUACUAUGAGAUGAUGAGAAAAAGCAAGUUCUGCCUUUGUCCAAGUGGCUAUGAAGUUGCAAGUCCAAGAGUUGUGGAGGCGUUGUAUACAGGGUGCGUGCCGGUGCUGAUCUCGGACCACUAUGUCCCGCCUUUUAGCGACGUCUUGAAUUGGAAGUCAUUCUCUGUUGAGGUUCCGGUGAGCGAUAUCCCUAACUUGAAGAGAAUAUUGACAAGCAUAUCUUCAAGGCAGUAUAUCAGAAUGCAAAGAAGAGUAUUGCAAGUAAGGAGGCAUUUUGAGGUUAACUCUCCGCCAAAGCGGUAUGAUGUUUUUCACAUGAUUCUUCAUUCAAUAUGGCUCAGAAGACUCAAUGUCAAAAUCCAUGAUGAUCAAUUAUCCAUCACCAGCUGAUCGAUCGAAAACGGAAUGGAUAUUAUUAGGUAACUAGAUUUUAAUGAAUUCUUUCUGUUUGAUCAUAUAUGAGGCAAUCAUCUGUAAGUAAGUGCGUUUAUGUAUCAUAUUUGACAUGGGACAUGGUGAAAUUGCGGAAGUUGAUGUAGUUCUCUGGA